AUGAACGCCCAACAGCCGCAAGGCGAAUACUACAACGGCUACGGCGGCCCCAUGAACCACUCGCCGAACCCUACCCGGCCCGGAUACGCAACUGUCGGUAUCUCUGCGCUGAAUGGUGGACGACGAAGCCAGCCGUCAGGCGAACUUGGCCUCGGCCAACAAGCAUCUUUACUUUUCUCAGAGGAUCGUUUCAGUUCGUUUGAGCCCAGCCAGCGAUUCGAUCGAAACGCACCUGCACAAUCCACCCUGCAGCCGCCCGGGGCUUACAAUAUGUUUGCCGGUGCCAACCAGUCGGCAUGGAACUACAGCGCCGGCGCCGCUGCGACUAUGAGUGGUCCCAUGAGCGGUCCCAUGAACGACGGUUCGCGCAUUCGUGCUAGCAGCCGCCGGCCAGCGUUGCAUCCGGAAUGGACCACGAACGAGCCUCCGCAAUUGGGCACCCCCAACGGGCAAGGCAUGCCAUUUUACUCUUCACAGCAACACCUCGUUGGCCAGCAGGCAAUGGGACUCCCGUCUACGAGCUCCCCUGACCCCUUUACGGUGCAACCCCCAAGUGUCAACCUCCAGGCAUUUGGCCCGCCCGAGAUCCGUACGAUGUCCGACUCGCGAAAAGACAUGGGCGACCUCAUACCGACCGCCAUCGUCAUCAAGAACAUUCCUUUUAACGUUCGCAAGGAGUACCUGACCACCGUCAUGAUCGACAUGCACCUGCCCCAGCCAUAUGCGUUCAACUACCAUUUUGACCAGGGCGUUUUCCGUGGACUUGCGUUCGCCAACUUCCAGAGCGCAGCGGAUACCAAACUGGUUAUCGACCGGAUGAAUGGCCUUGAUAUACAGGGACGCAAGUUGCGCGUAGAAUACAAGAAAAUGCUCCCAGAGCACGAACGCGAACGCAUUGAGCGAGAGAAGCGUGAGAAACGCGGCCAGCUCGAAGAGCAGCAUCGCGGUCCGACGCACCAGAUAUCCAUGUCCUCUCUGGCCACUGCCACCUCUGCGCAGCGCACACCGUUAAAUGAACCUGCCGUUGCCAAUAGCCGGCUCGACUUGAACGACCCCCACCAGCUGCGUUUCUACCUCGAACUGUACAUGUUCCACAACGACGACUCGCGGGAGGUGCACAUUUUCCCCACCGACACGUCUCCUGAAGACCGUCGCCUGAUCCACAUUCUUGCACACAACAUGGGCCUAGAACAUACAUCUAUUGGCGAAGGCGACAACCGACAAGUGCACGUCAGCAAAGCCAAGUUCUCGAACGGCGGCCGUCAGUCGACGGUGCAGCAGCCUGGCGUUACACUGGACGGUCACCCCCGUGGCCUCAGCCGGGCGGCGACCUACGACUUCAACGACCGCCAGCAGCCGUCUGUCCAUUCGAUGAACCGUGGUCCGACCUUGGCCAUUCCGAACAGCCCCGAAAAUCACCAACAGGGAUUGAAUGGACUGCGCGGAGUAAAGAGCUUUGCAGACCUGCGUUCGUACAGCCCCAGCCCUUCGCCUUCUCUCGUCAGCAGUGCCGCUCUCGGAAACGCGCCUACCAACGGCCACAACUCUGGCGGUGCCCCUUUCCUGCCGCAUUUCCCGAGCGAUGGUCCCUUUGGUCCGUCUCUCACCACACCAACGACCCCUGGAUCGGCCAUCAACCCGCAGUCGUCGUCUGUGGAUGCCUCUGGGCUGGUCAACAGCCUGGGCUCGCUGGGUCUGGGCUCGUCGUCUUUUGAUAGCAGUGUCGGCCUUUCAGGCCGCCCGAGAGAAACACCUGGUGCCAUCGGCGCUAUUGGCAGCCAGCGGCCCAGCGCCAAUGGCAACAGCACCAGAGGUAUUCCGGAGCGCCAGCCACGGGGACCUGGUGAUUGGGAGAAGGCCGGUGGCUUCACUCGUGGUCGUUCUAAUGGCCAUAUGCAGCGCAGUAGUGGUAUGUAUUGA